UGAUGACAUCCUCACGACGGGUGGAGGGGGACAGCCCCGUGAUAGGAGCUCUUAUUGCUGCGUCUGGCGGUCUGCCUUCUCUGCACUUUCACCACCACCACACCACACCCCAUCACCAUCGUAAUCGAUUUCCCUUCGCCAUAGCGACUCCUAGUGAACAAAAUCCAUCGGAACCUGAACAGGGCCCAUUCGGAGCCGCGGCUCCAUUGGACACCUACCCGCCAUGCGCGCCCGGCUAGUCGUCCGCCGGCAGCGGCUCUUCGCUACAGCUGCAACACGCCCUCAGCCCUUCUUCAAAUCCCGAUCUUUCAACAGCCAAUCCAAGUUCACGUCCACCAAGGCCCGCCCUAGCCUUCCAUUCCUCGUCGUCCCGAGAAGCAGCUCGGCCCCUGUCCGAUCUUUCACGUCCGAACGCCGGCGAUGGUUGAAGCACGAGGCCAAGCUCGUUGCGCGAUACACCAUCACCCUCUGGGGUGUCGCCGCGGCCGUGCUGACGAUUCUGUUCGCAGUCAAUGAAGAAUCUGCGGAGCGGGAAUUCCCUACGCCACAUGAUUGGGCCUUUUUGACGCGAAAGUUACUGCGCGAUGCCCAUGGCUUUCGAGAACCAAAAAACGGAGAAGUCAACUGGGCAAGGGCGCUUGAGCUCGCGAGGGGAGUGGUUGUACGACUGGAGGACCCAAAGCUGGACGGCAAGGAUGUCUCCAAACUAUCAAACAAAGAAGACACAUCGCUCGAGAUCCCCGGCGAAUUCAACAGCUGCGAUAUCUCGGCCAAGUCAGAGGAAUGGAGGAGGGGCUACUUUGAGUCCAUCAUGCUCGCCGCUAAAGCUGCCGAACACGUCGACGGUUGGCUGCGCGAUCGUACCCGCAACGUCGUUUCCCCUCCCGAGUUCGUCAUCGGCCCUUCGAACCCGCGCCCGAAACCGAUCGCGCCCGGCAAUCCUCAUGCGCCGCGUGAGGAGGAUUGCGACGUCGCCUACCCCUCUGCCGACAAUUUCUACAUGAAGAUUCUGGCCACCAAGGGUCUGUCAGCGCGACAGAAGAUGGAUGCCGCUCUAGAGUACGCGAGCUUCAUGGAGUUCAAGGGUCGCACUGACGGCCCUGAGGCGCUCUAUAACCUGGCUUUGGCGGAAGUCACCCAAGGCGUUGAACCCGCCAGAUUACCGUACAACCCGAAAACAUUCGUGGUCCAUGACCGGGCCGGUCCACCAUCUCUCAACAUUCUUGACGCCCUCACUGCGAUCGCAACCUACAAGGCUCGCCAGGGCGACCUCUCCUCUGCUCUCCCUAUAUAUGUUUCCCUGCUCAAGGCCCGACGCUCCCUUUCCGAUACCCCGCCUCGCUCCACGUCCCCCAAGCCCCCACGACAGUCCGUUAUCCGGCAAGUCUUCAGCUUCUUCUCGCCACCCGACUAUCCCCCGCCGCCACCGAAUGGCUUCGAACCCCCGUGGCGAAGCCCUCAUGAGCGUUGCCAAGAAGCCUCGCUGAACCUGUACAUCGGCGAGAUUCUCUACGCGACCGGUUCUCGUGACGAUGGCCUGGGCUGGACUCGCGAUGGUGUCGACCUAUCAGAGGAGCAACUACGCGCUUUGGCUAGCGGCACGGACAGAAGCAGCAAGGAGUCCAGACAGACUUGCCGGGAGUGUCUGGCGACGGGCCUAGACAACUGGUCUACCAUGGUGGCCCGAUUAGCACGGGCAGAGGCUGCUAAAAAGAGCGGCGGCGCCUCCUCCAACGUAUUCUCCUUCUGGAGCGCAUCGCGUGAUGCUGAUGGUCGGUGGGCCGCCGAGGAGGCGGUUGUACAAGAACGCAAAAGGAGAACCAAAGAGCUUCUGGAGGAAGUUGCGCCACCCUCGGCAGGUAUUUGGUCUUUGAUCAAGGCAUAGUACCAUUCAAAUGUAACGAUUUCAUGUAUGUACCUAUACACUAUUAUGGCGCGGCGCGACGGUCGGACGUUGUCGUUGAACAUUGUCGUCGGGCUUUGUCGUUGGGCUUUAUCAAAUCAUUCGACCUUGACGUGUCUGUCACCUCAUUUUUCGAUUCUCACUGAUC